CCCGUUCCCUUUCUUCCUCUGGCCACCCCGCGCCCGCGGCUCCGAGGAGCACCACGACGGCAAGGGAGCCCCGACCCCCUCCCCGGCGGGCGCGCUGCGGGGGCUACCGGGCAGGGCGAGCCGCCCGCAGCCCUGAAGGGCCUCCGCUCUGGGCCCCACCGCCCACAGGAGCGGGCGGUCUCGGCCUGUGCCUCGCACCGGCACGGGUCCCUGCCGGCAGCGGCGAGACGAGGCAAGCCCCUGCGGGCGGGCUCGGGGAGACCCGCCGCUGAGCCCCGUCCCGCACCGGAGGACUGCUCGGGCCUCGCUAACAGCUCUCUCCGGGCCGCUUAUGACCCGUCACAUCCCCACACUGGCCCGGCCCGGCCCCCGCUCUCCGCGGAGCCGCUCGCUGCGCCUUUAACGACGGCGGCUGCGCCACGGCGGGCGGGCUGCGCGGCGGGACCGAGAGGCGCGGCGGCGUCUCCCGGCCGCGUCUUUCAGCGCCGCAGGCGAGUGGGCGGUGCGGGGCCUCCGCCGGGAGCAGAUGGGGUGGCGGAGCGCGGGGUGCCGGCGCGCCGGGAGGGCCCCGCGGGCGAGCGCCUGACGCGGCUGGCGACGGCUUGGCUGCGAGCGGGCAGCCCUGAAAUGGCGAAAGCUCCGCGCCCAGCUGGCCCGUGCCGAUUCAGUGGUGCUCAGUGGCCCAUGCAGAACGUCCUCAAAGACUCUGUGGAGAGCUCCGAUGAUGAAUUCUUUGAUGCGCGAGAAGAGAUGGUGGAAGGAAAAAGUGCCAUACUCAUAGGCAUGAGCCAGUGGAACUCAAAUGACCUUGUUGAGCAGAUAGAAACAAUUGGGAAUCUGGAAGAAAAUCAAGGUGAAGAGUCUGCAUUUUGCUCAUCUGGCUUUCUACAGGAAAAGCAACGUGAAUUAUAUAGAGCCUCUUUAAGAAAACAAAGGUUCCCGGCACAAGGCAGUAUUGAAAUACACGAGGACAAUGAGGAAGGAGUUCAACACCAGAACUGCAAAACUCAUGUGCUAAUUUUGAUCCUACAUGGGGGUAACAUCUUAGAUACUGGAGGUGGGGACCACAGCAGCAAGCUGGCAGACAUCAACACCUUCAGUUCUGUGUUUGAGAAAGUGACCCGAGCCCAUUUCCCUGCUGCUUUGGGCCACAUCUUAAUCAGACUUGUUCCCUGCCCAGCAAUCUGUUCAGCAGCUUUCUCUCUUGUUUCCAACCUAAAUCCCUACAGCUAUGAUGAGAGCUGUCUCAGCAGCAGUGAAGACCACAUCCCACUGGCUGCCUUGCCCUUGCUGGCUGUUUCUUCCCCUCAGUACCAGGAUGCAGUUGCCAUGGUGAUCAGUAGAGCCAAUCAAGUUUACAAUGAAUUUCUCAAAUCUACAGAUGGGGCUGGUUUUAAUGGACAGGUGUGUCUCAUUGGUGACUGCAUUGGAGGAAUUUUGGGCUUUGAUGCCAUCUGCUAUAAUUCUAAUACAGCUGACGAGAGUCGGAACAGUAGCAGGAGAGGAAGCAUCAGCAGCAUCCAGGGGUACCUUAAAGAUAUGGUACCACUGGUCUCCUCUUGCAUCCCGCAGAAGUUCACAUUCUUAAAAAAUAAGGUCCCGCAUCCAUGGAACAUGAUGAGCAAGACCAUUAAUGUUGUAAUGGGCAUUUUGUGCACUCAGGAUAAUCCCCUCUUAGCAGAGGACUCCAGUCUGGGUGGCAGCAAACGCCUGAGCAAAAGCAAUAUUGACAUCUCGGGAAUCAUGGAGGAUGAGAAGCCAAGGCAGCCGUUGCCUAGGAAACAGAGUGACUCAUCCACCUAUGACUGUGAUACUAUAACCCAACAUCAUGCUUUCCUGUCUAGCAUCCACUCAAGUGUGUUGAAAGAUGGUGCAGACUUUCCUCCUGUGAAUUCCAGUCUCUCAGAAGUAAACCUGGGCCGAUUUGAAUUCGAGGUGUCUGAUUUCUUCCUCUUUGGAUCGCCGCUUGGUUUGGUGCUGGCCAUGAGGAGUACUGUUCUGCCUGGCCUGGAUGUAUGCCAGGUCCGCCCAGCCUGCAGCCAAGUGUACAGUUUCUUUCACUCUGCUGACCCCUCUGCCUGCAGACUUGAACCAUUGCUGGAGAAAAGGUUCCAUCUCCUGCCUCCAUUCAGUGUCCCACGGUACCAGAGAUACCCACUAGGAGAUGGAAGAUCUCACCAGUUAGGUGAUGCUAUCCACAACCACAGUGCUUUGUUCCUUGAGAACAGCUCUUUGAACAUACCUUUCUCUCAGGAGAAUCCUGGAUCUCCAAACGCAUCUGAUAAACCACAAGGAAGAACAAGAAAGUUGAGCUUGGCCAGCACAAACAGUGAAAACUCAGGGUCAACAGAAAGCUUGCCAUCAGCAUACCUCACCAACAUUACUGCAAAGUGGUGGGGAACAAAACGAAUAGAUUAUGCCUUGUAUUGUCCAGAUGUGCUGACAGCCUUUCCAACUGUGGCCCUGCCGCAUCUCUUCCAUGCCAGCUACUGGGAAUCAACAGAUGUUGUGGCCUUCAUUUUAAGACAGGUGAUGAGGUAUGAAAACAUAAAUUUCAAGGAAAACGACAACCUGGAUCCGGCAACACUAAGUCCAUCCAAUCCACGAGAAAAAUGGCUACGCAAAAGGACACAUGUCAAAUUGAGAAAUGUGACUGCUAAUCACCGAGCUAAUGACGUCAUUGCAGCAGAAGACGGUCCUCAGGUACUAGUUGGGCGCUUUAUGUAUGGACCUCUGGACAUGGUAGCUUUAACAGGUGAAAAGGUUGAUAUCUUCAUAAUGACUGAGCCAUCUUCGGGUAGGUGGGUGUACUUUGACACAGAGAUAUCCAACAGCAGUGGCCGGAUAUCCUACAACAUACCCAAACAGAAGAGACUGAGAGUUGGUGUGUAUCCCAUCAAAAUGGUGGUCAGAGGGGACCAGAGCAGUGCUGCAAGUUACCUGACUGUGCUUCCCCGAGGAAUGGAAUGUGUUGUAUUCAGCAUUGACGGUUCAUUUGCAGCAAGUGUUUCAAUUAUGGGAAGUGACCCCAAAGUCCGAGCUGGGGCUGUUGAUGUUGUCAGGCAUUGGCAGGACCUGGGAUAUCUGAUUAUCUAUAUUACUGGCCGUCCAGAUAUGCAAAAACAGCGUGUGGUUUCAUGGUUGUCUCAACACAACUUUCCACAAGGGAUGAUCUUCUUCUCAGAUGGACUUGUUCAUGACCCACUGCGACAAAAGACCAUUUUUCUCCGGAAUCUCAUGCAAGAGUGCCACAUCAAAAUCUGUGCCGCAUAUGGUUCCAUGAAGGAUAUUUCUGUGUACAAUGUCUUGGCUCUGUCGCCAUCCCAGAUCUACAUAGUUGGACGAUCAACAAAGAAAUACCAGGCGCAGUGUCAAUUCCUCAGUGAAGGUUAUGCAGCCCACUUGGCCUCGCUGGAGUUCAGUCUCCAUUCACGACCCAAAAAGAACAACUCUCGGAUGAUCUUGAGAAAAGGCAGCUUUGGCCUCCACUCCCAACCUGAGUUUUUGCGCAAGAGAAACCAUCUCCGCAGGACUAUGUCUGUACAGCAACCUGACCCACCUUCUUCGAACCCCAAGCCAGAGCGUGCCCAGAGCCAGCCUGAAUCAGACAAAGAUCAUGACAGGCAUUUGCCCUCCAUUGCUUGGGUUCGAAGUGGAGUUCACAAAUUUGAAUCUGUCCCCUAGGAAGCUUGGGAAUAUAGAUCUUGGGUGCACCCCAUUAAACUUGUAGGCAUGCCUCAAAGAUAAUAUUUAGGCAGCUUCAAACUAAGAGUCGUAGAGGGGAACCUGUACCUCGGAGUCUUCCCUGCUCUGGAAUCUGCCUUCUUACACCAAUUGGGGAACCACCAGUCUGUUCCUCUUGACAUGUUUAUUGGGAAAUUUUAAAACAAUCUAAAACUAUCGCAAGUGCUUAUAACAUCAAAGCAACAGGAAAUAUCUUUGGUUAUUUUUUACAACAGAUACAAUAAAAUGUGCAAUAAGAGAAAAAGCUGUAACAGGCUGAUUUUACUCAGAAGAGGGAUUGUGGUAUCAGCUAGCUAGCUGCACCCGAAACAGUAUAAACAGUAGGUCCCAUAGGUUACAGAGAAGGUUUACACUUUAAAUAGUUGUAUCUGUUUCCACUUUCGAUAAAGCGAUACACUUGCAAGGGAAGCAGAGGUGGGAACUACAAUAAUGGGUGGUCUGGAUUUGUACAGCAAGAUGCUUUUUGGGUGCCUUAAACCCAAGACUUCCUUUCAGCUUACAGUGUUGGUCAACAGACCCCAACAUGGGCACUCGAGUUUGUGUGAGGUGCUGGACAUCAAGUAAAUGGGAGAACUCCACUUAUGAACCAAUCAUAAAAGCUUCAUGUUAGAAAUAAAUGUGUCUGCCACAGUUUGAAGCAGUUAGUGUUGCUGUAUACAAAGUAAUGUGCAAGUGUACAAAGAUCACAUUGUUUUGUGGAACUUGGUGACAGUGCAAAAUGUGUAGACUACUCUGAGUAAGGAGAUGGCUCUGACCAUCUCAGUCUGAGAGACAGAUCCUGAGAUGGUAAAGGGAGCCCUUUUACUAAGGGAUCUGCAAACUUCAGAGCAGUCACUUUUUUCAUUAUUCUAACUAGAAUCUUUACACUGGAGGAGGAAAAAAGUAAUGGAAUUCCUAUGGGUAAAUUGUUUACCUUCUCGUGCUAUAUAGCAACUGCUGUGUUAAGACAAUGUGUAGCAUUCAGAAUUACAGCAUUUGAGCUUCAAAGAAUGGACAUGCCAAAUUACAGAUGCCAAAUAGACAUUCUCCUACUGAUUUAAAUUUCUCUUGGAUCUCUCAAUGAACUUAGUAGAAGUAAAAUGUGUGAAAUUUUCCCUAAGUGGUAAUAUUUCUGAAGUGUUGUAGUUAGUUUAACAUAGUAGCAGUUUGCAGAUUCUUCAUGCAGAUAUUUCCACUGCACUAAAUUCACCAAGAGAACUUUCAUGACUGAACUGAAGCAUGUUUUAAAAUCUGCAGUGAAGUUACAAGUGCACAUAAAAAACCUUUUCUUUAAAAGUUAAAACCAGACUAUUGACACUGAGAAAGCUUGAAGUCAAUAGAUUUUCAGGUUGGUUGGUUGGUUUGUUUGUUUGUUUUUAAUUUCAGGAAGUUGGGGUGGAAAGGUGUCGUGCCUUCCCCCCGCCCUUACUUUUAGGUUUUCCUAGUCUGUAGCUAGACCAGUCUCAACAAGCUUUUGGUUAAUGAUUUUGAAAGUUGACAUGUAAAGCAAACAAGAAAUGCAAUGGAAAACUAUUAAGACAGUGCAGAACUAAGCCUAAGACUAUACUCCCUAUUCACCCAAAAGUUUCGGUGUGCUUUUUGAAGGUCAUAAUAAUGUGGCUUUUGCCUUAAAAGGCAGCAAAGUAGCUUAUAAAUGGAGAUCUUUAAUUUAUUGUUUUUAGACAUUACUUGGCAAGAUUGUCAGUUACCUAUUUCAAACUUCCUGAAAGAUCUCUGGCGCAUCAGUAAUUUGUUUUUUAUAAUGCUUCCUUUAAGGGAAGCAGUAAUCUUCGCUGGAGAUUUAGGAAAGAUGUUAAAUGUUUGGUAGCUCACACUAAUUGGGAGCAGCUAACUACAUUACAGGGGGCUGGGUUUUUAUGCUCUGUUGCCAAGUCAGCCAGCUACAAAAGCUAAAUGAAAUUUAUCCACAAACUACAAUGAAGCAGUCUUCAGGUUUACAAAUGCUUUCCCAGUAGUAUCACACCUAGUUCUUUAACCCACAAACUUGGAGGAAUUAUUCUGUGUUCCAUCUUGGCCCACUGUGUGUAUUAAUUCUAAUCACAUAGUCCAUUUCUUCCCCUGUCCUCUGCAGCUAGGAGGAGAUUGCGCAAGUACAGCAGACUCCAUCUCCCUCCAGUCAGUUCACUGUUAGCAUGCUCCUGCUUGUUAGUCUUAAAUAGGGGUGGGAAUCCAAGGCUUGUGGGGGAGGAACUCACUAGGCAGACUUUAAAUUUGCUGAGGGCACCUAAAAGCAACAUUGAUUGCAAAGUUCUUUUUAAGCACUGGGUGUUGUGUAGCGUGUCUCCUGAUAGCAGUCACUGUUCCUGCUGCAAAGUUCAAAGCUAAUGUUGCUUUAGCCAUCUACCUCUGUCAUCCAAGAGACUCCAAAAUCUAUUUUUCAUUUUAAGUUGCUGUAGUAGAAAGGCCUACUUCCUUUCAAAAGAGGGUUUGUGUGUAAUUCUGUGACGGUAUUAAAGGAACUAGUGUCUGAGCACAAGGCUAGAGAAAUCUAGGUUGUUAAGGUCUGUCUUUUACUCUUGCAGACACAAUGACAUUUUGCAGGGUACCUUGUCAUGAAAACUCUGAUUUUGUGUAUUUCUAUUAAUAACUGGGUCACUUUCACGGUAGUCACUGUGCUGGCUUCUCUUAAGAAUAUUAUGAGCUAAUAGUAGUAAAACAAAUGCUAGUGUGCGUGCAUGUUUUAGAGUGGUAACAAUUUCAAAGUGUCUACACAUGGUAUUGAAAUCAAGCUGAAAACAUUUUCCCUAACUUCGUUUCCUAGAAUAUAUGGGAGUUCAUGUGGCCUUUGCAUAAUUCCAACACUACUUAUUGCUCAGGGAUAGAAUGGUUUAUCUCCUGAUCACAUGCCUCCAGCUGAGCGCUUUGGCAAACAGUGAUACAGGCAUUAGCUUGGAGGUUAAGGCUUCAUGUUAAUUAGGAGCUGAUCUUCUGAAACAUCAGAUGCCAGACGCAUUUGUUUUGAAAGCACUAGCCAGUUGCCACUAAAAGGGUAAAACAACUUCUGCUGGAGCUGAGAGUAUGAACAAGAUGAGUGUGAUUUUAGACAUCUCACAACUAGGCUGGCAGGCAGUUCAAAAAAUACUGUGGCAGUGGCUGGGGACCUUAUGCAUGUUGAACUGCUAGCUUUUUUUUCCCCCAGCUAUGCUUGGGGUGAUCCCUGAGGUUUGCCUGAUGAAUCACUAGUUUUAUAGCAUAAUUUUUCAGUCGUGUUUUCUCUUAAAACAUUUCCUUCUGGUCAGAAUUUUAGUUAUGCACUUUUUCCACAUGAAACUACAUGCAGUGGUUCAUGGGCAUUCAGUUUGCUAUUUGAUUUCAGUUUUACUUGUGCUUUCACGGGAGGAUUAUCAGUCCUCCUAAGCAGGCCAUUUGCUGAGGAUAGGCUUGAUCCUACAGUCUUAUUCUCUGAUUGCAGGUCCUCAUUGCUGCAGUCUCUGCAGUCUGCACUUAAAAAUGUAUAGGCUAUGGAAGUGUUAAAGCAUACACAGAAGGGAAAAGGGACAGAGAAGUCAGGUGGGAAUGGUGGGUGCCCAAGGAACACAAGUUAGACUCAUCAGCCGUUUCAGCACCUUUAGUGCCUCCAGUCUGUUACAGAAAAGCACAUUCUUUUAACCUGCUGAACUGAGGAAGCAUAAGUGAAACUGUAAAACACAAAACUGUUAUUCCAGUGGGUGCUAAGGCAGCAGUACAAGUCAGUGCAAAGUAGGCCACAGUUGGAAGCAUUUACUUCUUUGCCCUGUUGAUAUGGGUCCAGUUUUAAAUUACUGUAAAAAAAUGGCUGUGAUUAAUAGCAGUGGUAGAUUUAUCUGAGAUAUUGUGAAAACACACCUUCACAACUGUGGCGUUUUGGUUUUGUGUGUGUGUGUAUGUGUGUGUAGCUACUGGAAGACACCUUAAGUGAAGUUUUGGUUCUGCUUUCACAGCAAAUUUCUAACCAAUAUACUUAAAAAAACCCUACAACAAUGGCUGUUUAUUUGUUUUUGUUGUCUAGUUAGCUAAGUUUGAAAAAAGAUAUCAUUGUGUAAAGAGUGCAGAAUAUUCCACAGACCUGAAUAGUGAUGUUGAUCCAAAUAUGCUUAUUAUUUUGAAUAACCUUUUUUUUUUCUAAAGUGUUUGCAUACACUAGUGCUCUUGGAACAGAUUCUUGCUUGACCACAGUACUCCUGUUUAGCUUUGUGGCAUGGUUUAUAUCUAUUCAGCAUAAAAUUUUGUUAGGUGUAAAAAUGACAUGGCAUUGGUAAUUCCUUCUUGUUCAUUGGGGUUCCUGAGAGCUGCCAUUUUGAUUUGUUUACAUGAAAAUAGAGUCUUAAUUCUUAGAAAUUACUUCACCUGUUCCUCUAGUACCUAGGGAAGUUGCUUCUAAAGAAUUAAAACUUUCACUGGUUAUGUAGAAAUGGAAUUAUCAGUAAACUAGAGGAAAAAAAAAAGGAAGACACACCUUAAUCUACUAUUAAAAUAAGCAGAACAAUGACACUUUAACUGGAAGCUCCACUAUUCUGCAAAGUAGCCUUUGUUUGCCAUUAUGUUGUACCAUUUAUAUAUUGGAGUCUCUAGGUCAGGGCACUACUAAUGUGUGUAUUUAAGCAAAUUCCCAAUACUUAGAUUUAUAGUAUCAUCAUGUACUUCACAGAAUAAAUUUAGAAGGGAAAAAAAGUAUUUCCAUCUUUCUAUAGUUUCCUGUCUUAAAAUUGCUAAAAAGUUUGUUUAUAAGCAUUUUUAAUACGUGAAAUCAAUAGGUAUUUUCAGUUUUUAAAAUUUGUAAGCAAGUGCAACAAUUGUUACUGAACAAAUAGGAUUUUCCACAGGUUUUUUUCCCCCCUCUUGCAUCUAAGCCACCAAAAAGGUGAGUACAUCGUAAAAGUACUAGAUGAUCGGAGUAUGGGCACCUUUUUAAUAAGCUGAUUGGCUGCUUAAUGGAGACAAGAUUUUACACUGCAAUUUCAUCAUUUUUCUGAUUAGAGCUUGAAAUGUGGGAUCUGAACUCAAGAUUUCUGCAUUGAAUUGUUCAUUUCAGGCAUGCAGGGGAGAAAGUGGCACUUUCCAUCCUCAUCUGGAGCUGGUACAGGAUAGAAUUCCUAUAAACACAAAAUUUUCCAACUUAACCUCCUCAGCUUCUCUAAGAGCAAUGAUUCCUCAUGGUCCGUGUUCAUAGCUUCAGCAGAAAUUGUGGGUGUAACAAGGUAAUUUGACUUCCAUGAUCUUUAAUCACUCAGGUGUAAAUAUAGGUUCCUACAGAUGAUCCUAAAUUCAGUCCCCCGUGAAAAGUGGAGGUAAUACAUUUUUUGGGAUGAAAAGAGCUCUUUUUUUCAGAAAUAAGAAAGGGCCUGGAGCAGCUAGAAUCCUGUGCCAUGGACUCUGGAAUUGAAGUCAGGUGUUGGUAUUUCCUCUUUCCCUCAUUUUAGUUCAAGCCCAAGGUAAGGGGAUUACAUUUUACCCUCUAUUUGUAUUUAUCUCAAUAAGCUACCUUUGAAACUGGAUAUAACUGUGGGGGAUGGGGGAACAUGAAACAAAUUUAACAGUUCAUUUCUCAUUUGUAAGGAUGUACAGAACUUACAGGGGGAAGAGAGAGGGAGGCAGGUUUACUGUGACGUGCUGGGAGAUGGUAUA